AUGAAUUUCCAAGAACCGCAACAACAGUCCUCAUCUCAACCUCAGCAUCCACAGCAGCAGGGAUAUGCCUCGUACCAGCACCACGAUGUCAUUCCAGCACAACAACAGCAAUCAGCAAAUCAACAACAACAACAACAACAACAACGACCAAUUGAGAUCCCGCGUAUUCCAACCUAUCAAGAGCUCCAGGCUCAGGCAAAGAUUCGUGAGCAACAACAACAUGACAGCACCACCAUCUCAUUCUUACCUAAAAAAUCAUCUAUCACUAAGGGGAAAUAUGCCCUCAAAGACUUCCAAAUUAUGAGAACCCUUGGUACCGGCUCAUUUGGAAGAGUUCAUCUUGUUCGCUCAAUUCAUAAUGGUCGGUAUUAUGCCAUCAAAGUUCUCAAGAAGGCCCAAGUUGUCAAAAUGAAGCAAGUGGAGCACACAAAUGAUGAGCGGAAAAUGCUUAAACUUAUCGACCAUCCUUUUAUCAUUCGAAUGUGGGGGACUUUCCAAGACGCAAAGAACUUAUUUUUAGUGAUGGAUUAUAUUGAAGGUGGUGAAUUGUUCUCUUUACUCAGAAAAUCCAAAAGAUUCCCUAAUCCCGUGGCUAAGUUCUACAGUGCCGAAGUGCUUUUGGCGUUGGAUUAUUUGCAUUCUCAUAAUAUUAUUUAUCGUGAUUUGAAGCCGGAAAAUAUCUUGAUUGAUAGAUAUGGUCAUAUCAAGAUUACCGAUUUUGGGUUUGCCAAAGAAGUGACGUUCUAUACUUGGACAUUAUGUGGGACACCUGAUUAUAUUGCUCCAGAAGUUAUCACCGCCAAACCUUACAAUAAAUCUGUUGAUUGGUGGUCACUUGGUAUUCUUAUUUUUGAAAUGCUUACUGGGUACACUCCUUUCUAUGAUAAGCAACCAAUCAAGACAUACGAAAAGAUCCUUCAAUCAAAAGUCCACUAUCCUCCAUUUCUUGAACCAGCAGCCGUUGAUUUGCUCAUUAAUCUAAUCACUCCUGAUCUCACCCGUCGUUUAGGAAACUUGCAAAAUGGUGCUCGUGAUAUUAAAAACCAUUCUUGGUACACUGAGGUUGUGUGGGACAAGUUGUACGCAAAAGACAUCGCUACCCCAUAUGAACCUCCUGUUGCUGCUGGGGUUGGUGAUAGUAGUUUAUUUGACUACUAUCCUGAAGGCGAAUUGGAUUAUGGUGCCACUGGUGAAGAUCCUUAUCUGAAAUAUUUCGAAGACUUUUAA